GUUGGAAAAACGAAUUCUCUACAGAAAAAAUCGAAACAUCAAAUUUCUCGUUCGCGAAAUAAAUUCGAACGAGGAAAGCGACAUAUCCCCGAACUGCACGCGAAUCGAAGGAAACAGGAAGAAGAGGAGAGAAAGAAGUACAUGCGCACACGUAUGCGAUGCUUAUGGUCGCGUGGUUGCAUGUAUACAGGGGGAAUGUUCGAGCGCGUGCACGUACAUACAUUACGUUUAUACACAGGUAUUGCCGGCUUCCGCGAACUAGAUCGGUUGAGCAGAUAUUAGAAGCGCGUCUGCCCCGUUGCCAUUGCGGCAAGUGCUGGUCAUUGUCCACCCGGCGGGCACAGGAAGUCGACGCCGACCAGCGAUGGUGCAGAGAGAAGAGGAAGAGAUUUUUCGGUAGGAUAAUCGCGGAGAAACUACGACAAGUUUCAAGAUUCUUGGGGAUUGGAACGUUAAUGUGCAAAGUUUUAUGGUUAUUCCGAGAGGCAGUUCGAGGGAAAGACUGAGGUAGACAAAGUUUCUCGGAGAAUUAGUGUAGGUUAAUUCUAGACUGUUGGGAUAAGUUUGGAUUAAGCAGAAAAAUAAGUGGAAUGACUACUUUAAAUAUAUUUAACAUAGAUUAUAAUA